AUGAUGAUGGAUAAAGACAGUUCUACUCAACCGUUACUUCCUACGCAUGACGAAGUAUGUGCGAAGAUAAUAAAAGUUGUGUUUACGGACGAUAGAAUAUCACCUAUAUCGUUAAAUAUUACCAAGAUAUCACCUGUGUCUAAAGUGACAAUUAUCUGGCUACGUAAGAUGAUUAGAGAAUUGAAGCCCAGUGAAACUAAAGAUCACGCCCUAAGAUUUUUGAAAAGUGGGACCAUCAUAUCGGCAUCUGCAUUUAAUGAGCAGAUCAUAUCAUAUAUAAAUUCAACAAAUGCUGAUGCAUUUUUCAUUCAUUGUAUGAUUGGGGUAGAUGAGUUAAGUUCUGAGGAAGUAUUGCAUGAAGAACAGAAUGAUGAUAGUGGUAGAUUAAAUAAUGUAAAUAAUGGUACCGAAACGAUGGGUGCUAUUGGAUUUGAUAGGUUACGAUCGAUCGGGUUUAGUGAUGAAGAAAUUGAAUUACUUCGAUCACAGUUCCGUUCCACUUACGGCGAUGUUCUCCAAAAUAACGACGUAGACGAAGGUAACGAUGUGGAUGGUAGUGGUGGUGAGAGUGAUAGGACGAGUAGACGAAAUAUAAGGGAAUUAGAAGAACAAUGGAUGGAGAACGGUGCUGGAGACAAUGAUGAAAGAUUCAACUCCGUGCCGAUUGCGAAUUUUAAGCAUAAUAAGGAUCUACUCGUGGGGUUAUGUGUUGGGUUUUGUUUUGGGAUAUUUGCGAUAAUACUAUGGAAGAUUGAUGGACUUUUCAAUAAGAGGCAGAGAUAUUGUCUUGUUGCCGGAAUGAUUAUAAAUAUCAUGUUUUGUUUAGUAAGAGGGUUCUAA